GGUCCUUAGGUAGGUAGGUCGAUAGAUAGAUAGAAUAGAUGAGAGACAGAUAGUAGAUGGACAGGUAGACAGGCAGGUGUUGUAGAGAGAGAUAUAGAGACAGACAUGUGCUGUAAACCUGUCUCUGUUCAUUCAUGAAGCUUGUGUCUGCACUGAAGAUAUGCUUCAGAAACACACCCACUCUUCCAGCAUGCCUGUGCCUGUCAUCUUCACUGCAGUCGCUCUCGAUUCCUGCUUAGUUCAGUCUUACCAGAGUCCGUGGAGACAGCAGCUUUUACUGCAGACCUGCACAAUGAGAGACAACAACUGUAAAGAACGCAUAGACAAAAUCCUGCAAGAGGCUCCGACCGCAAGGAAAGCUCUUCUAGACAACCACAGCAAUCUGCACAAGGUGGCCGAUUACUGUCAGAACAAAUACCACAAUGUGGAGGACACAAGAAGUGUCAUUGAAGAGUCCAAAGCUCUCACCACGCAGGCCCUGGCCAGUGUCACAUACCAGAUCAACAAUCUGGCCACAUCUGUGCUGAAGAUCUUAGAUGCUCAGACGCUUCAGCUGAAACAGAUCGAGUCCUCUGUCAACUUGCUGACUCUGACAGUUGGCAUGUACAAGGAGAAAAUAGCCCGGAAAGAGAUCGGCGUGCUGACCAAACAGUCAAAGGUUCCCCGGACACAGAAGGUGGUUCCCCCAGCGAGCGGCCUGGAGCCGUUUCGUGCAUACAGACGGGUUCCCAUAUCCUACACCCGCUUGGACAAACUGGGCCACGGCCACUGGGAAGGCAGCAAAACUGAGGAGCUAAAAACAGACAAUGAGGACUCCGUGUCUGUACAGCUUGGAACACAGGAGACCAGCACCUUCAACUGGUCUUUUUUGGGUAUCGCAGUUGCUCCUCCAUCAGUGCCUGACUCGGUGGGUUCUGGCGCCCCUGCUCCACCUGAUCUCUCUCCAGCUACACCGCCUCCUUUACUCAUGUCUGAGCGUUCCCCGACUCUACCAGCCUAUCCUGACCUGUCCAUGCUGCCUCCUCCACCUCUCCCAGAUGAUGAGAUGGGAGAUGCUCCACCCCCACCUCCUCCUCCCUCUCCUCCUCCAUUUAGUUCGGUGUGUGGAGGUUCUUUGGUUCCCCCUCCACCACCUCCAACUGGCCAAAACACCUCAUUAACUUCAGCAAACCCUCCACCCCCACCUCCUCCAGGUAACAUGGCUAUUCCUCCUCCUCCUCCUCCACCUCCUCCAGGCAAUGUCCCUGUCCCACCUCCUCCACCUCAUAUUCAGGGCAAGACGGCUGCUCCUCCUCCACCUCCUCCUCCUCCUCCUGGCUCUUACAGUGGGUCAUCACUACCUCCACCCCCACCUCCACCUCCACAAAAUGCCUCCAUGGUGCCACCUCCACCUCCUCCUCCUCCUAACACUGGAGGAAAAUUUAUUCCACCACCUCCCCCACCUCCCCCCUUCUGAAUGUUGAUUUUCAUUAUUUGUAUGGAAAAACUAUAUGACAUUU